CCACAUCACAGUGAUAGAACAGUCUCUCACGACGAAGUUUGACGAAAUUCUUGAGGAUCACCUGGGGGCUUCAUAACAUUUACCUGCUAAUGUGUACACCUGCGGAUUCCAGUUGAUGAGCUCUGUCAUUACCCUCAACGUUGUUAAACACAGGUUUGGGGCCUCGAAUGACACGUUUACUUCUGAGCGUGGUUAAGACUUGGAGAAUACUGCUCCUUCGUGUGGUGGUACAAGCACUUUCUGUUCACCCAAUGUUCUCUGACCCAUAAACGUAAGUGUAGUUUCGUCCCAGUGCUUUGUAGAGCAUGGUGGCCUAUUCAACACAACACACCUAAAUCGUUCAUACUGUAGGAAUGUAGGAGCCAGAUCACAGUGACACAGCAGUCCCUCACGAUGAAGUUUGAUGAAAUUCUUGAGGAUUACCUUGGAGCGUUUGGUCUUCAUCAGAAACGCCUCUACCUGUUUAUGUGUACACCUGCUAUAUUCUGCGGAGUGCAGCUGAUGAGCACUGUCUUUACCCACAACAUCCCUAAACACAGAUGUGCUCUCCCCGGAGUCAGCAACGACACAUACGCUGUCCAAGGACCUGACCACGAGCUCCUCCUUAACGCCUCCAUACCCUGGAAGACGGAGAAGGGCGUCAGUGUCAGGGACUCCUGUCUCAUCUACAAGGACGAUGUUUCAGGAGGUCAGAACAGAACAACCCAGGAAUGCAGCGCCUGGGUGUACGACGACUCUGUCUUCAAGAACACCGUCGUGACAGAGCUCAACAUGGUGUGUGGCACCAGGGCACUCCGAUCUCUGGCCAACAGCAUUCUGUUUGCAGGACUUCUCUUCGGUUCAUUAGUCUUCGGCAUCAUUUCAGAUCUGUGCGGUCGAAAGAAGUCAGUGUUGCUAGCUGCGGUGCUUUACCUUGGCACAGGAAUAGGGAUUGCUUUUUCCCCAAACUACCUGGUUUUUGUCAUAAUCAGCUUCUUCAACGGUGCCUCCAGUAUCGCACUCUUCAUUUCCCCCUUCGUGUAUGUUAUGGAAAUCGUUGGUCCCUCCAAACGAACCAACGCUGGUGUUAUCAUCCAGUUCUUCUGGUGCUUUGGCCUGUUCCUCGUUGGAUGUCUUGCCUACUUCAUCCGUGACUGGCAUCACCUGCAGCUCACCAUAACCAUCCCUGUAGUAGUUCUCUUGGGUUUAUACUGGGCUGUUCCCGAGUCUCCAAGAUGGCUGUUGUCGGUUGGCCGUGAGAGGGAGGCAGAAAAAAUCCUGAGGAUAGCGGCAGACGUGAACGGUGUGACUCUUCCGCGGAAGCUAUUUGACAAGGAUACACUGGAUGCCGGUCCCAAGGCCAAGGUCACAGAGAUGUUCACCUCCCGAGUGCUCCUUUUUAGAAGUCUCAUCAUCUUCUUCAAUUGGUUUGUGGUCACCAUUGUCUUCUAUGGCUUGAUACAUAACAUUGGCACCCUUGUUGGUGACAUCUUCCUCAACUUCACCAUCGGCAACAUCAUGGAAACCGUAGCCUACGUCAUGGUUCUGCUCCUGCUUGACAGACUGGGCAGGAAACCUCUCCACUGUGGAAGUAUGUUAAUAGGAGGGAUCGCCUGCCUUAGUGCCAUUUUCCCUGUCACCUAUGGAGGUCAAGAGCACGAAUGGAUCACAGUGACCUUUUGCAUGGUUGGAAGAUUUGGAAUAUCAGGAGCUUUCGCCAUAAUUUAUGUUUUUGCUGCUGAACUUUUUCCAACUCUUGUGCGCAACUCCGGAAUUGGCGUCAGCUCCCUUUCAGGGCGUAUCGGUCUAAUUAUCGCCCCUUACAUUGCAGACCUGGGUGUGUUGGUUGACGGAGACAUCAGCAGUGCCCUUCCCCUCAUCGUGUUCGGCGUUCUGGCUUUGACGGCGGGGAUUCUUGCUCUCUGGCUGCCCGAAACUCGCCGUCGCACAUUGCCCGAAACUAUUGAAGAUGCUAAAGAUUUUGCCAAGAACACAGGCAAAAGAUUCUAUCAGCUGGACCACUCCUAUGACACAACGGUGCAGCGCGACAAUCCAACCUUCGAUCAAGACUAAAGUGAAGAGAAGAGGGCAGCUUAUAUCACUAUAUAUGCGUGUGUAUGUCUAAACCUCCGUAGGAAUUAUUAACCCUUGUUUUAAUGUCUUCGUAAACGGACAUGUCUAUUUCAUAUGAAACACAUGGGGACAAGCAAACAAACAUUAUGAUAUAAUUCAGUUCAAGAAAUUGCGCUGCAUCCGCCGUUUUUGACACUAUAGCGACGAGGGAAGGGUAUAGUAUUUGAAAUCGGUCAAUUAAAAGUUUAUAAUCACAGAACACUCAUCUGAUUAGACAGGUAGGUUGUCGAUCGUAUGGGGGUUCCUUUAUGUCAGAGCACCAUAAUAAUAACGUUUGUAUUUUACCAUCAACUUCUACUUCAAGUGACUCAAAUGGUAUAUGUAUAUAAUAUCUUAUAUAGAAUACCUUUAUCAUGUUCAUGAAUGUGCAACAUUAAAUGUAUGAUGACAUUUUACACACCUGUCUAACACCAGCACCCGACAUGUUUACUUUACUGGUCUUUCCUAAGUAGUACUUAAAAGAUGAAAGGCAUGAGUGAGUGAGUGAAUGAGUGAGUUCAGUUUAGCAAUUUUUCAGCAAAUUACGGACACCAGAAAUGGGCUUCACACAUUGUGGGGAAUUGAAUCUGGGUCUUCGGCGUGACGAGCGAACGCUGUAACCUCUAGGCCACCCAACCUCCCCUGAAAGGACAUGUGGACAUGACACUAUAGGGAUAACAACCUCUUUGUCUGUAUCAGCGCCUAGGGCUACUUCUUCAGCGUACACCAUCAAGGAGCAUAUAAUGUUAAAUACACGUCUAAAGGAUGUUAUCAUGUUAGUUUCAUGUCUUUAUUGAGAUCCACAUACAGUUCACACAUAUUGAUUUUACCAUGAAUGCGUUCUUUUUUAAAUGAAUAAAGUGUAUUUGCCUA